AUGCAUUCGGUGCUGGCUGAAACCAGAGACGAUUCACAGGUGCUGCUAGCAUUCGGAGCCGUGGCCAUGAUCGUCGGUUUUGUGACCCUCGGACAUAGGACCAUCAAGCUUAUAGCAAAGGAGAUCACUGUCGAUAUGAGUCCGAUUUCUGGAUUCGCCAUCGAACUCGGCACCGCUUUCACCGUGUUGGUCUGUGUGAAAAUUGGAAUUCCAAUCUCUUCCACUCAUUGUGCUGUCGGAGCGGUUCUCUUCGUGGGCUUAACGAAAUCGACAGUUGAAGGUGUCUCCUUCAAGACGUUCCGCAAAAUCGUUAUCGUCUGGCUGCUCUGCUUCCCCGUAGCAGCUGCUAUCUCCCUUCUUGUCACCAUGGUACUGGUGAGAGGUCGUGAUAAACUGUUCACUGUUCAUCUUCCUAGCAUCGACACUGUUCAUCUCCUCUUGCGCUAA